AUGGUGGAUUCACAAUACGGACAAGGCUCUUUACGCUAUUUUUUCUUUCACGGAAACCACGGGGACAUACCCAUUCCACCUCACAUGUCCGUUGAGGCCAAAAUUCUGGUGUUUAACGGUGAAGGUCAAAUCUUAUUGGGCGAGAAUUUUGAAGAUAGUCCAUCCCGAUAUCACUUCAACAAUGGAAUAUACGAUAGCAUGGAUGGCCCAAACGAGAGGCCUCUUCCAGCAAAGCCAUUGGUUGAAAGACUUUUGAAGAAUGUCUCGGUGCCUUCCCUUGUUGCAGCUGAAGUCCCUAGUGUCCUCGAUACAUCUGACAGUCUGUCUUACAGCGCAAUUUUGGUUCUCGGAAGAGACGACAUCCGCCCCUGCACUGCCGAUGACAGAGAAUACUUAGCCGUUAUGAUGCAAGCUUUUGUCCCUCGGCUUUUAACCUCAAUGGCUCCGACGGCUAGCGAGUACCUUCCAGGCGAUGCUCGUAACUUGUGUAUCGAGGUCGCCAAUCGCAUGGAACUCAUUGAAGAUGACUCCAAUUUCCAGACUUUCAUCGCAAUGUACCGGGGACGUUAUGUCCAAAAGCCAUUGCCGCAAAGAGCUGUGGUUGAGCUAUGCUUGCUUCAUGUUUUGAAAAUGCCCUUCGAGCUGAAUUCCGCCAUCCAGAACUCGCUCAUACGUUACUGA